CACACUCAGACCAGACCAUGACAAAACGGAGAUAUCUCUCAAUGCAUAUGGGCACACUUAACCCCGCCCAUAAGUAAGAGAGAGACUGUGAUUAAAAGGAGCAGUUUAUGCAGCCCUGUGUGGGCUACGGUAACGAAGAGUGCUCUUAAAGUCGGCGACGAUUUAAUCGCCUCAGAAUGAUCGGAAUCGUAGGAAAGUUAUUAUUGCUGUAUAUCUCUUUGGUCCAGACGAAUCCACCUCAGUCUGUGAAGAUCUCUGUUACAGAUGCUGACACAGUGUAUGAGUGCAGUGCAGAUGCCAACACACCCACUCAGUACACAUGGACAAGAGAGGGUCAGCCCCUACCCAGUACUGGGGUGAGGGCAGAGGGCCACAGACUGGUGUUCCUGGAGUUCACUUCUGAGCUGAAUGGCCUGUACACCUGUGAGGUCACAACCCCCGAAGGGGCCCAAAGGGCCACAAUCACUCGCUAUGUAACGACCGGAGGAUCUAAAAUAGACUUUUCUCUGUUAGCUGUGGUGACCAUUGGGGCUGUUCUCAUCGUCACACUCUGGCAAUGGUAAAUACCUCAUUGUCAAAAGGAGGAAACAACAGAGAAGUUUGAAAGCUCUACUCCCAUACCACACCUGAGCUUUUUAAUCAAUGUGCUGAUGAAUCAUAUUUAUGAAUUAUAUCUACAAUUAUAUCUUUAUGUUCCUCCCACGGUUUUGGUUUAAAUAAAAACAUAUUUUUGCAACAAUUA